AGAAACUCAUCAGCUUAGUAAGAAGCAUAUAUAGUUUAUUAGGGAUAGUGAGUGAGAGAGGGUAGAAAAAAUGGCAAAACUAUUUUUCGUAAUGCUUGUGGUCGCAGCACUACUAAUGGUGCACUCCGCCGCCCGCAAAGUUCCGGCCGGCGGCGACACCCAGGAUCUAACCAUAACCCCGAAGAACGCCGUACCUGCACCCGCGCCCAGCGGUGGCGUCGAUGACAAAAAGAACCUUAUAGUUGGCGGCAUGGGUGGCUGGGCGGGGGUCGGGUAUGUGCUUCCGACUCUUGGUGGGGUGGCCGGCGGGGGAAUUGGCGGUGCUAGUGGCCUUGGCGGUGUCGGAGGGCUUGGCGGCGCGGGUGGCGGGAUCGGUGGCGCAAGCGGGCUGGGCGAGAUCGGUGGCGCAAGCGGGCUGGGCGGGAUAGGCGGUGCUGGCGGUGGGAUUGGUGGCGCAGGUGGGCUCGGCGGCUGUGGAAUUGGAGGAGGGAUUGGCGGCGGGAUAGGCAAAGUAAUCAUUCCGUAGAGUUAAUUAUUUGUUUCAAUUUGAAUGUGGUUUAAUUAUGAAGAAUUUAAUUUCUGGUGUAUGUUUUGUAAUGGAUCAUUUAUCUUUUGAAUAAUUUUGCGUGAAUGUCGUCGAGCUUUGAGGAAUCCCAUGCAUGCCCGUCUAUGAUACUGAACUCUAAUUCUGGAUUAGCUUGUUAUAUUAAGUUCCAACUUUUUAUGUUUUGAAUAUAAUAUUUCGUGUCUUUUUUU